AUGCACCGUUCUGCCUCGGGCUCGAGCGACCUCAGCACACUGACCGAGGCUCCCAAGGCGACUUCGACACCGGCCCUGGCGGCUCCUGUUUCCCCGUCAUUGCCCUUUGACGAUGCAUCACACGCGCAAACCGACAGGUGGACGUGCGCUGGGUGUACGGUGGCUUCGGUUCGGCAGAUCCUCGACGCCCUCCUCACCUGGGACUACCUCCCCUUCUGCCUCAUGUGCAAGGACCCCUUCUGCCUCAUGUGCAAGGACCCCUUCUUCCGAGACUAUUGCAGCGGCUCGAGCCGGUACUGCUCCUCUGCCCUGGUAAACGCGCUCAUCGCGCUGGCAACCCGGGUGGUCCACGAGAUCAGCGACGAAGCGGAGAGCCCGGGGCCUGGCUUCAAAACCGGCCCCUCGGCCAACCUCCCAGAUAUACAGGCCAUCGGGAUUCUCUCGCUCUACCAGAUUACCUGCGGGCGCGAGGCCGAAGCUCAAGCGCUUGCCGACUCCUUUGCCGCUAGGAUAGUCAAUCUUUGUCCUCAAGAGCCCCUGAUGGGCUCCGAGGCCGAGAAAUAUGCCAAAGUUUGGGCUACUUCGUACCGCGGCGCCGUGUCCCUGAUUCGCAUACUUCGUCUCACGACGGGCCAAGUCUUCACCAUGUCUACGAGUUGCAAGCUACAAGACGACUCAAUAUUUCUAGACCAAUCCGCCUGCAGUGCCGAGUACCUGUUUGGCGGCCAGUGCGGCAGCGGAACUACACCAGACCCUGCCCUGAAAGCACGCGGCUCGCAACUGCGCAAUCUACAGCUCAUUCCAGCAAGAGUCUUCCAGCUCACGGAAUGGGUGUACAAGCUCCUCUCAUCAGCAACCCAUACCCCAAACGGACGAUUCGAUACAGCCGAGGUCAUGGCAGUGUAUACCGAGUGUCUCGAUUGCAUGUACUAUCAGUUCUGCCUACUCUGCCUGUUCCGCCCUCUCGCCAACCUUGUCCUGGCUGAUUCCGACGUCCGACCCCGCGAAAUCUGUCUCCAGGCUGCGGACUCUAUCCUCACCCUGUCGCAGUCCUACAGCAGGCUCUUCACCUUAGACGCGUCUCCCAUUCGUCCCCUAUUUUGUUUGUGCCUCUGCCCUUGCAUGGCUUACAAUUGA